AUGAAAAGGGUCUCUCAGAAGGUUCUGAGACGGGUCAACGUGUUAUCACGUGGCAUUCACGUGACGCGGACCUCUCGACAGCAACCGUACACUCCUCACCAGGCCUGGCCCACGAGUUCGGAGAUUGUGGCCUUCAAGACUGGCAAGGCCGCUCGCAAGAAGUUCCAGACAACCUCGGAGACGAUAGAGUUGGUAGAACUCGAAUCGACGGUUUUGGAAGAUGACAAUGUAACUGGUCUUCCGCCUUCAAAGGGUCUCAGUGAGGUGUCGCCGUCGGAUGUGGUUUCUGGUGUGUUUUCGGUGAUGAGCCAGUAUCCGGACAGCGUUGUUUUGACACAGGUGGGCUCAUUUUACGAAUUUUAUGGCUCUCAUGCGGACAAAUGGGGCUCGGAACUGCAUCUGAAGGUGGGAAAGAAGACCUACAACAAGGGCAAGCUCACUAGCAUGACUGGGUUCCCUCUGACACAGCUGGCCAAGUACCUGAAGAUUCUGGUUGAGACGUACCAGCAGAAGGUGGUGAUAUGUGAGCAGGUUGAAACAGAUGAUUCCAGCACAAGUUUGAUGUUUUCAAGACCUGUGACUCGUAUCUACACCCCAGGAACGCUUAUUGAUGAGGACUUCCUACCUACAAACAGAUACAACUACCUGAUGAGCAUUUGGAUUGCUCCCGAGUCGAUAAGACGCCCCGAUGAGACCAAAGACGUGGCUGAAACUCCCGUAGGAAUCUGCUGGCUGGAUGUUUCGCUGGGAACGUGUUCUGUGUCCCGAUCUAGUCUUGGAAAUCUUGCAUCUGAUAUUGCGCGCAUCAAACCCCAGGAGAUUGUCAUGGAAAAACGAAUGAAGGAACUGGAGCUUGAGAACGGCGAGUUUUACCCCGAGUUGGUGGAGUUGCGGUCGGCUCCUCUGUCAUACUCUCAGCCAGCUACUUCUACUACCGAUUUCGAGUUCGAGCCGUUUUUCCGGGUUCCAAAAGCUUACAUUAAUGACACUCUCACCCAAAUUGAUAGUCAUGCUCUCAAGGCCCUUGCUAUGGCUUUGGAGUACUCGAAAUCGCAUUUCCCGCUUGGAACUCUCACUUUCGAUCCUCCCAAUGUCGAGCUGUCGACCGAACAUAUUAUGAAGAUUGACUCGAGAAGUAUCGAGGCUCUGGAGCUGUUCAAGACCAUGAGAGACGCUCGAACCAAGGGUUCCUUGCUGUCUACCCUCAACGGAACGAAAACGGAUGCUGGAACACGGUGUCUGACAGAGUGGCUAUCAGCUCCUUUGAACCACAAGCAAGAGAUUGAGAGACGACUGGACUCAGUGGAGACAUUCAAAACACGUAAUCCGCUGUCGUUGUCACUAUCGGCUCAAAUGGCCCAGGUCAAAGACAUUCUUCGAAUUGCCAACAUGUUUGCCAUUAACAGAGGUAAGCCUUACCAGCUGCUCGAGUUUGCAGACAGCUGUUUGCUUGUAAACGAUAUGUAUCAUCGAUUACAAACCGAACACGCGAAAUCUGCUCUUCCAGAGUCGCUACUUGAGCAAAUGGAACGUCUGAAACAGGUUCCUAUGGAUUUAGUCGAGACUAUUUAUUCUACCAUUGAACGGAGAGAUGUGGACACGUCAUUGUCGGAAAGUUCUGGAUCUGGAGAAGAAUCUGAGUCUUCUGAGUUCUCUUUCGGACAGCUGGAGUGUGAGAUUCGUCCUGAGGCAUCCCCCAAGAUGACAAAGCUGUGCAAGACUCUGGACAAACUGCAUAACAAAAAGACACAGCUUCAGGAGGACAUUGUGGAGGAGAUGACGAAGCUGUUCCCUAAGUUUCGGUCAUCCAGACGCAAGGUGGAGCUCAAGGUGAAUGUUAUGGGCCCGGUGGUAUCAAUCUCUGGACGUCCCAAUAACAUGCCUGACCAGUUCAUGGGCUGUGAAGUUACCAAACGAAAGUCUUUGUGUUCGUUUGUGUUUCCUGAGUGGGUCAAACUGGCUCAGAAUAUGGACGAUGUCCAUGUCAAGAUCAGACAGGAGGCCAAAACGAUAUUGGACGGGCUGAUGGAGAAUAUCAAGGACAAGCAUCAGGAUAUCCGAGCUGUAGGCGCGUCUUUAGCCUACAUUGACACUGUCAUUUCCCUGGCUAAUCUAGCAAAUGAAUUCAACAUGGUUCGACCGACUACUGUCGAAUCAGGGCCCACUGAGAUUGUCGACGGACGUCAUUUGACUGUUCAACAUUCGUUGAGGGUAGGAGGAACGCAGUUUGUGUCCAAUACGUGCCGCCUGGACCCCGAAGAUCAAUAUGUGUGGGUUGUCAGUGGCCCCAACAUGGGCGGAAAAUCGACUUUUCUGCGUCAGAACGCCAUAAUCGUGCUGCUGGCUCAAAUGGGCUCGUUUGUGCCUGCGAAAUCGGCUCAGAUUGGUUUGGUGGACCGACUAUUUGUGCGAGCUGGUGUGGCCGACGACCUGUUCCGAAACAAGUCGUCCUUCAUGGUGGAGAUGAUUGAGACUUCUGUCAUCUUGCGUCAAGCAGGACCCAAAUCUAUGGUUAUCCUGGACGAAGUAGGACGAGGAACAUCCUUCAGAGAUGGUAUUGCUGUCGCAUACGCUACGCUGGAUUACCUGUACCGUUUUUCCAAGUCCAGAGUUCUGUUUGCGACCCAUUUUGCUAACGAGAUCACAAAUUUGUUCCCUGACAACUACGACACUUCCGGAAUUGCAUACUACAUGUCUGAAGUGCUUGAAAAGGAGGACUACUCCAGCAAGAAUCUGCUAGCAGUAGACCCUUUCCAGCGGACAGCUCACAGUCUGUACUCUCUGACCCUAGAGGGAGUGCAGUUCACCAGACGAAUUGUACCGGGUAUCAGCCAGGACUCGCAUGGAAUCCAGAUUGCCCAAGCUGCGGGGUUUCCCAAGGAGGCCGUGGAAAGUGCAUUGGAGGUGGUGGCCAAAUCCAAGUAG